AUGAAUGAGAUGAACUCUACUGCUCAGAACCCGAGUCAGCUUCCUGUAUCCGAGGAGAAAUAUACUGCGUCCAGUCGCGUGAACACGCACUACUCCUUCACAGCUCCCGGCUCAUACUUCCUACCUUCUCUUCCUUCCACUGAUCCUGCAACCUUUGACCCAACAACCACAAACUUCGGCCUCAUAUCUCAAAGCUACGAAUCCGAUUCGUCUCUCCCCCUCCUCCAUUUCGGUGACCACCAUGUCGGAAAGCCCACAGACUGGCAGCGCUUCGACCACCAUCUCAAGACGUUAAAUACGCAAGCCGAUGCAAAUGCAUCCUACCACAUCCUAUAUCUUGCACGUCACGGUCAAGGCUACCACAACCUCGCCGAGUCAUACUACGGCCCAGCAGCAUGGGACUGUCACUGGGCCGAACUGGACGGCGAUCCUGACCCAGCCUCAACCAUAUCCUGGUCAGACGCACAUCUAUCCAAGCUCGGCCAGCGGCAGGCGCAAGAACAGAGCAAGUUCUGGAUCUUCCAACUCUCCAAGCAAGGCAUGCCUCUACCACAUACCUGGUUUGUAAGCCCAAUGAACCGCGCUUGCAAAACGUUAGAAAUCACAUUCCGACCCCUAGCUGAGACCGGUGUUGUUCAAGACUGGAAGCCAACGGUCAAAGAAUACCUACGAGAAACAAACGGGAUACAUACCUGCGACCGACGAAGUCCCCGGUCAGUCAUCGCAGACACUUUCCCUCAAUACACAAUCGAGAGUAACUUUACAGAACAAGACGAGCUCUGGGACCCCAUUUACCGCGAAACAGACACAGCACACACCCAUCGUGCCGCCCUCGUCCUCGACGACAUCCUCUCAUCCAUACCGCCUGAAGAAACGGACUACAUCAGCAUCACCGCGCACGGCGGCAUGAUCAACGCAAUUCUACGAGCGGUAGGGCACAGACAGUUCACUGUCCGAGUCGGCAGCGCUAUUGCUGUGCUCGUCAAGGCUGAGAAGCUGGAUGGCAAGAGACCGGAGCAGCAUUUUGGUAAUGGUAUUACGAAGCCGGAUUGUGUUGAGGAUCCGCUGAAGGCUGGGUUGCCUGGGUACAAGAGUUUAAAAGAUUAUGUUGAUGGUGUUGAGGCUGGUGCAUAG